AUGAAGUUCACCACUCUCUGCCUCACCGCCCUAGGCUUCAUCGGCUUCGCCAUGAGCCAAGGCAGCGAGACAACACUAACAACGAGGCCAUGCAACAACCCCAAGUACUGCACUACAGUACGCACCCCACCAGCCCGCUCCAACCUCUACACUUCCAAGGAGACCACCGACUCCACUGAGCUCACCCGCACCAUCACCGCGCACCGCCGCCAGCUCACCGUAGUCGAGUCCCACACCCGAGCCAGCGUCCACACCUCCAAGUCCAUCAAGACGUACAAGCCGCCCAAGCCCUCCAAGACCAAGACCUCCGGGGACUCUGAAGUCCCUAAGCCCUCUGAAGGUUUCUCGGACUCGGUUCACCCCACCCGCGUCUCUGUCACCGCUCAGCGGCGCCAGGCCCUGCCAACUACUGCGACUUGCACUGAGAUCACCGAGUGGGACUCCAAGACCUAUGCGACUGCUAUUUCUACGCAUAUUCAAUGCGGACCGGAUAAGUCUAAGCCUACUUGCUCUACCUCGUACGAAUGUGGAUGUCAUUCCUCUGCCUUUACCCGGGACGAUAAUCCUGAUAUACAUUUCUGCUGGCCCAUGGCGACUAGCACUAUCUUCCCCCCGGACUACGGCGGCGGGCGGUCUCAGCGAUGGGUCGCGAGGCAAGUGAAGGCUACACAUGCGCCUAGAGCAGCGUCUGAAGAUCUCGGAGGUCGGUCUCAGCGUCUUGUUGCCAGGCAGGCGGUGCCGACAUCGACAUGUUCUCCGGGCCAUGUGGGAAGCGACUGCAGCGUUGUCGUCUCACCGCCAAAGCCUACGAAGUCUUGUCCUCCGGGUUGGGUCGGACCUGACUGCCCUUUCGCAAGUCAUGUUCCAAGUACCCCGACGGUUACGGCUACCAACGAUAUUUACGCUCGUCAAGAGGCUGUAGCGAGUGGGAACCCAGUUUACGUUGUCACCGUCACCCAUGUCAAGCGUGUCACCGCCCGUCAGGAAGCUGGACCGACUGAUCUAGUCGAGGUCAUGACGAACACGAACACUAAAGAAGCUGGACCAAUUGACCCAGUCUACGUUGUCACGGUCACCGAAACCCACGUUGUCAACGAACGUCAAGAGGCUGAGCCGACUGACCCCGUCUACGUCGUCACAGUCACCGAUACUAUUGCUACCACCGCUCGUGAAGAGGUUGAACCAACUGACCCAGUAUACGUCGUCACAGUCACCAAUUCUGACGCUGUCAAUCCAAGUCAAGAGGCUGAAUCGAAUGACCCAGUCUACGUCGUCACGGUCACCGACCCCAAUGUCAACAACGCACGCCAAGCGCCUGUGAAUUCUGGUGUUUCCAAGGAACCGUUGGCUUCGAAGGAACCUGAGCCUACGAGCGGGGGUUAG